AUGGUGGCAGAGGCCAACAGAGCACUCCCUCAAGAGAUUCACGAUCCAAAAACCACAGCUACCCAAGAUGUAGAGUCGAGCGAGGAAAUUGAGUCAUUUAACCAGUCUACUAGUCCAGCUUCUGUGCGUCCAGAAACUACUCCGAGCGAAGGAUUGAGCCCGGCGUUGGAGCAUCCCCCUACGGCAAUGGUAGUACCACGAUCAAAACGGCGAGGACUACUUGGGCUAUUGACUAUUAUACCAGAAGUCAAAUAUCCACAAAGCUAUAAAAAUGGUACUUAA